AUGUCAGGAAACCCAAAGAAAAAACAUAAAGGAACAAAAGCUCCAAAACUUCCUAAAACAUUUGAAGAAAAAGAAACGACACGUAGAUUGAUAGUUGUAUUGGAGAAAGCAACACUUGAAACUUACUUAGUGCCAAAGUCUAGGCCACCACAAUACCAGUUAAUUAACUGUGAUGAACAUCAAAAAACUUUAAGAAAAUUGGGUAAAUUAGAUGCAACUACUUAUCGUCCUGAUAUUACACAUCAGUGUUUGAUGGCUUUGUUGGACAGUCCCUUGAACAAAGCUGGUCUUAUGCAAAUUUACAUUCACACUGCAAAUAAAGUACUUAUUGAAGUAAAUCCUCAAGUUAGAAUUCCAAGAACUUAUAGACGAUUUUCUGGUUUAAUGGUACAACUUCUUCAUAAAUUAAGUAUACAUUCAGUAGAUGGAAAUGAAAAAUUAUUACGUGUAAUUAAAAAUCCUAUAACAAAUUAUCUUCCUACAAAAUGUGUAAAAUUAAAUCAUUCAAUUUGUAUAGUAAUUGGUGCAAUGUCUCAUGGUACUGACAAUUUCGCUGAUGAUUGGAUUGAUGAGAAAAUCGGAAUUUCUCAAUAUCCAUUAUCUGCUGCUGUAGCUUGUUCAAAAUUUUGUUGUGAAUUAGAAUCACUUUGGGGUAUUUGGUAA